UUGGGAGCUACGGGGCUACCACAAUGGCACAAUGGGAGGAGUACAGUAAUAAACCAGAGUCCAGCCAGCCCCUUGAAGUACAAAGAUAUAUAAAGCAGAGUAAAGGCUAUGUACAGAGCUAAAUUGAAAUCUACAACAGGGGAAUGAAUUAAACUUAUUCAAAGGAUUUUUACCCGAUGGUUCUCAGCAAGUGAAGACAGGCAUAUAUUCAUUAAAAAAAUGAAGGUGAGCUUGGAAACUGAAAUAGAAUUAUAAACAAAUGCAACUACCCUGCAAUUUGAAGGAACAUUGCACCAACCAAAAGUCAUUACAUUUUAAAGGAAAUUUACAUCAUUGAAAAGCUAAGUGAGAUUUCAGAUUUGCAUGCUUGAUGUGUAAUUUUUUGUUGAACAUUUAAAGUUGCUGAAUCUAGUGUACUACUGGACUGCAAGGACCUGUUACAAAAAUACUUUGGGUUCGUACUUACUUAAAAAGCUAAAUAACCACAACUGGGUCAUUCUGGGGACACAAAAGAGUGAAGCCAGUUUAACUGCUCAUUGCAAGACAGCAAACAUUUCGUUAACCAGCAUGGCUCUUUGGGACACAGACUUUGGAGCGAAGGGAAGUGGCAGUGCCAGGGAGUGGGGUGUUCAGAUCCAGCCUGCACUAUUAGCCUCUUUCUUGUUUCUGGUCUGUCUCGAAGCCUGGCUGUGGGUGAAGAAUCUGAGACAGAACAGACGCUUGCCUGGCCCCUUUGCCUGGCCAGUGGUGGGCAAUGCAAUGCAGCUGGGGCAGAUGCCCCAUUUAACCUUUUCCAAUCUGGCCAAAAAAUAUGGCAAUGUCUACCAGAUCAGCCUGGGCAGCAACAAAAUUGUAGUUCUAAAUGGUGAGGUCGCAAUACGGCAAGCCUUGCUUAAACACAGCACUGCAUUUGCUGGUAGACCCAAUUUUGGCACUUUUCAAAUGGUCUCCGGUGGCAAGAGUAUGGUUUUUGGGGGCUACACCAGGCUGUGGAAGGAGCAUCGGAGAAUUGCUCAAUCAACAAUUAGAGCUUUCUCCACAGCCAACAGCCAUACCAAGAAACUCUUUGAGCAGCAUGUUUUGGGAGAAGCUAUAGACCUCAUCAAGGUUUUUCUGCGACUUGGCGCUGAUAGUUGUUACUUUGAACCCGGUCACGAAUUAACAGUGGCCGUCGCCAACGUCAUCUGCGCCCUUUGUUUUGGCAAGCGCUACAGCCACGACGACCAGGAGUUUAAGACCCUUCUGGGCAGGGUGGACAAGUUUGGUCAGACGGUGGGUGCAGGGAGUUUGGUGGAUGCCAUGCCUUGGCUGCAGGCUUUCCCAAACCCAGUCCGCAGCAGUUACCUGAACUUCAAAGAACUCAACAAAGAGUUUUUUGAGUUUGUGAAAGAUAAGAUUAUCCAGCACCGGCAGACAUAUGACCCAGAGGUCACGCGAGACAUGAGUGAUGCUAUCAUUGGAGUGAUAGAGCAUGGGAAAGGUACCGGAGAUGGUCUAACCAAGGAACAUGUUGAAGGUACUGUUAAUGACCUGAUGGGUGCUGGGCAAGACACCAUCUCAACAGCACUCCACUGGGUUCUCUUGCUCUUGGUGAAGUACCCCAAUAUCCAGACCAAGAUUCAAGAGCUGAUUGACAAAGAAGUGGGCCGGGAAAGGUUGCCUACCAUUGAAGACAAAAGCAAGCUCGCCUACCUAGAGGCUUUCAUCUACGAGACCAUGCGCUUCACCAGCUUUGUGCCAAUCACCAUCCCCCAUUCCACCACCUCCGACGUGACUAUCGAAGGCCACUACAUCCCUAAGGACACUGUGGUUUUUGUGAACCAGUGGUCGGUGAACCACGAUGAGCUGAAAUGGAAGGAUCCUCAUGUGUUUGAGCCCUGCAGGUUUCUGAAUGAGAGUGGGGUCAUCGACAGGGACCUGACCAGCAGCGUGAUGAUCUUCUCCAUGGGAAAGCGCCGGUGUAUCGGUGAUCAGAUUGCCAAGCUCCAGAUAUUUCUGUUCACAGCCAUCCUGCUUCACCAGUGCACCUUUGAAGCGAAUCCUGCAGACAAACCCAGCCUGGAUUGCGCCUAUGGGCUAAGUCUGAAACCCAUCCACUUCACUUUGACUGCUAAGCUAAGGGGAACAUUUCUAGACUUGGUUUCACCAGCAUAAAAAAGUCAGACUUUUGUACAACCUUUCACUGAGAUGUACCAUCCAGACACACGCCAGUAUUCCAGUAAGUCGUCAUUUUCUGUGUGUUUUAAAACUAGGGGCAAUCAGGUUUGAGAUUAGAAAGGUUUGGUAUUAUUUCACUCGAUGUCCUAUGGACUUGAUUAUCUGCAAGACCUUUCUUCAAUCAGUUGUUAGUAAUCAAUUAUCCAUGCUUGGUAAUCACUUUAUAAACCCCUGUUUUAUAAUUGAAAAGUUUAACAACCACCCAUAACAGACUAGAAACAAAAUGACUUCAUAGUGCUGUAGAUUUACACUGAAGAAAAAGCAGCUUGUUUCAUUUAGUUACAGAAAAGCGUGAUGAUUGAGUGUUUUAAAAAUGAUGAUCCAGAGUAAAGGGAGCAGGCAAGUUACAGUUAAAGUAAAUGAAAAGUAUGUUUUUUUUAUUAUUU